UCUUUCCAGACCUGCUGGGCGCCAUCCCAGCCGGCCUCCACGUCACCCUCAUCUUCUUCUGUGGUGUCGUCAUCCUCUUCUCCUCAGUGGCCACCGGCUUCUUCUUCUUCAACGCCUUCGGCAGACCCUACGAGACGCUGCAAGGCCCCAUGGGACUUUACCUGUGGACCGCCAUCUGCUUGUUGUGCAGCUGUCUGGUGAUGAUCCUGUUUGCGUCCGAGGUGAAGCUCCACCAUCUGACCGAGCGGAUCGCCAACUUCAACGAUGUGAACUUCGUCUUCCAGACGUACAGCGAGCGCUACGACCGGUGCUUCUGGCUCUUCUUCCUCAUCUUCCUCCUGCACGGACUCAACGUCCUGCUCAUCCGACUGGCGGGAAUCCAGUUUCCCUUCCAGGACGCCAAAGAGUCGGACCUGAGCGGGGGGGCGGCCGACCUCAUGUACUGAGUGAUUUUUAAGAUACGUCACAACUUUCAUCACUUCCUGUCUGAAAAACAAACGUCUGUAGUUUAAUACUACAACUCCCAGAAUUCUGAGGCCAGCCAAACACACUGUUGUGGUCAUCAAUUGAUCCUUCCUAAACUAGGCUAAUCUAGCUUUAAAAGAUAAAAGAGACAAAAAAUCUUAAAUAAGCUAAUGUUAGAAAAACACUAACUAAUCUACACGAACUGUUAGGUAGCUCAUUUACAUGAAUCCAUAGUUAGCUAGUUACAGACGAUGGUGUAAUCAGAAGCUUCCACUGUCGUAUCACCAGACUUAAAGACAGAAUCAAAAAUAAAAUGCUAGCUAACUAGCCAGUUUACAAAUUAAAAAAAUGCAUUGGAGACCUGCAGAGACCAGUGACUUUAGGGGGCGUGGCCUCGACACCGACUAGACUGACUAACCACAGCAGCAUCAUUUCAAUUUAAUUCAAUUUUAUUUGCACAAAUUCAUAACAGAAGUUAUCUCAGGACACUUUUCAA